AUGGAUUAUGCAGUUGAUGAUUAUGUGAUGGGUGAAGUAGAAGAUGAUUUGUAUGAUGGUGGUCGAAUAAUGGGAGACACAGAGUCGGAGGAGGAGGAUGACGAUGACAAUGAAAGUUUGGGCGAGAUCACCGAUACAUCAGCUGCGGAAGCGCGGAAAGGGAAGGAUAUCCAAGGAAUCCCGUGGAAGAAGCUAAGCAUAUCUCGGGAAAAGUAUAGGCAGACUAGAAUAGAACAGUAUAAGAACUAUGAGAAUGUACCCCAAUCCGGGGAAGGUUCAGAGAAGCAAUGCAAAGUAACAAGGAAAGGUGGAGUGUAUUAUGAGUUCUGGCAGAACACCAGAUCGGUAAAAUCAACCAUUCUUCAUUUCCAGUUGAGGAACCUAGUUUGGUCGACAUCAAAGCAUGAUGUUUACUUAAUGUCACAUUUCUCUGUUAUCCAUUGGUCGUCACUAAGUUCUAAAAAGACAGAAGUUCUAAAUGUUUCCGGACAUGUGGUUCCUUCUGAGAGACAUCCUGGAAGCUUACUGGAAGGAUUUACUCAGACUCAAGUAAGUACUAUGGCAGUCCGUGACAAUUUGUUGAUAGCUGGAGGAUUCCAAGGAGAACUUAUUUGCAAGUACCUGGACAGACCUGGUGUUAGCUUUUGUACAAGGACAACUUAUGAUGAAAAUGCCAUCACAAAUGCAAUCGAGAUCUAUGAUAGUCCAAGUGGUGCUGUUCAUUUCACAGCUUCAAAUAAUGAUUGUGGAAUACGUGAUUUCGACAUGGAGAGAUUUCAGCUUGUUAAGCAUUUCUGUUAUCCGUGGCCUGUAAAUCAUACUGCUCUAAGUCCAGAUACUAAGAUUUUAGCUAUUGUUGGGGACAAUCCUGAGGGAAUGCUCGUGGAUUCUCAAACUGGGAAGACAAUUGCGACUCUUUCUGGGCAUCUGGACUUCUCUUUUGCCUCCGCAUGGCACCCUAACGGCCACGUCUUUGCAACUGGGAAUCAGGACAAGACGUGCCGGGUGUGGGACGCCCGAAACCUUUCCAGAUCAGUUUGUGUACUCAAAGGAAACCUUGGCGCCAUACGCUCCAUCCGAUUCUCAUCUGAUGGGCAGUUCAUGGCUAUGGCCGAGCCGGCAGAUUUUGUCCAUGUGUACGAUGUGAAAAACGAUUAUGACAAGGAGCAGGAGAUCGACUUUUUCGGCGAGAUAUCUGGAGUCUCAUUCAGUCCCGAUACGGAUUCCCUUUUCAUUGGUGUGUGGGACCGCACCUACGGCAGCCUCCUUCAGUACAAUCGGUGCAGGAACAACUCAUAUCUUGACUGUAUAGUGUGA